ACAAAAUAUAGGGGCAGAUUGAUUCGUAAUAACAAAAAAUCUCAAAAAAAUUCAGUAAAAAAAGCCUUUUCGUCACAAUUCAAUUGUUUCGCUGCUGUCAUUAGCACCCAAAGCUAUUCACUUGGCUUUUUGCUGUCGUAAAAAUGUGUCAAAAACACCUGAAAUAGAAAAAUUGUAACAAAACUCCGACUCUGACUCAUCCAUUGAAUUUCUUUGUAUUGCUGUGAUUGUGCUAAUUAAAAAAAAGAGUUGCUGAUAGCGGAAUAAAUUAAAAAAUGCCUCGAAUAAUAGACGACGAUGUCCGAACACCGAUCCUGCAGGACAUGUCGGAUGCGGAAAAUUACGAAACGCGAAGAAGUUCACAGCCGACAGUCGAUAACGAGUUACAGGAAGUGCUCACGGGAUGCGGAGCGACGGCUUGUUGUAACCCAUCAGCGGGUUUCCAUCGAUUUAUUGCCCUCAUUUUGAUGUGUCUCGUUGGAUUUGCUUCUUAUUUCUGUUACGACAAUCCCGGAGCACUGCAGGAUAAUUUCAAGUCUGAUUUGGGUCUCAGUACGACGCAAUUUGUCGUUCUUUAUUCCAUCUAUUCAUGGCCAAAUGUGAUCCUGUGCUUCAUCGGAGGGUUUUUGAUGGAUCGUGUCUUUGGAAUAAGGCUUGGAACGAUAAUUUACAUGUUCAUUCUGAUGGUUGGGCAGCUCGUUUUUGCCAUUGGAGGAUUAAUUGAUGCUUUUUGGCUCAUGGUUUUGGGACGUUUUAUCUUUGGCAUUGGAGCUGAAUCUCUUGCCGUUGCCCAAAACAACUACGCCGUAUUAUGGUUCAAAGGAAAAGAGCUCAAUAUGGUAUUCGGUCUUCAAUUAUCCUUCGCUCGUGUCGGAAGUACAGUAAAUUUCAUCGUCAUGGAGCCCCUUUACAAAUACGUGAAUCAAUUUUACAAAGGACACACUUGCAUUGGCGUCGUUUUGCUCGUCGCCUCCGUAACUUGCGUCAUGUCGAUGUUAAGCGCUCUCAUUCUGGGAUGGAUGGAUAAACGCGCGGAACGGAUUUUGCGCCGUAACAACAACGCAAGCGGAGAAAUUGCUCGAUUGAGUGACAUUAAAACGUUUAAAAUCUCCUUUUGGAUGGUUACAGUGAUCUGUGUGGCUUAUUAUGUCGCGAUUUUUCCCUUUAUCGCAUUGGGAAAAGUCUUUUUCGAGCGAAAAUUCGGAUUUGAACCGGAAGAUGCGAAUACUGUGAAUUCUAUCGUUUAUAUUAUUUCGGCAUUUGCGAGUCCUGCAUUGGGAUUCGUGAUUGAUAAAACGGGAAGGAAUGUCAUGUGGGUGUUUUUGUCGAUAAUUACGACGAUAAUUGGACAUGGAAUAUUGGCUUUUACUUUCGUGAAUCCAUAUGUCGGCAUGAUAACUGUCGGAUUGUCAUAUUCAAUGUUGGCAAGUAGCUUAUGGCCUCUCGUUGCGUUAAUUGUGCCCGAAUAUCAACUCGGAACAGCUUAUGGUAUUUGUCAGUCUGUGCAGAAUUUGGGAUUAGCAGUUGUUACGAUGAUUUCGGGAGUUAUUGUGGAUAAAGGAGGCUUUUUCAUGCUCGAAAUUUUCUUCAUUGGAUGGCUUUGUAUUGCUCUGAUUGCAACAAUUGUCAUUUAUUUGCACGAUUCAGGAAAUCAGGGUAUUUUGAAUAUGUCGCCGAAGCAACGUGAAUUACGAGCAGCUUUCAUUUCAUCAUCAGCUGAGGAGAAAUUAAACGAGUCAGCUGAAAACAUUCCAGGAACGUCUUCUGAACAAACGGCAGAAAUUCGCAAACGUUAUUUGGAUCGCGUGGGCGUCGCAGCAGAUAACAUUUCCACGAACAAUUCCGACUGUGAACCAUUAUUAAAGUAAUUCGAUCAACCGCGAGUUGAUAAUACGAAAAUUUUAUUUUUACAUAAGAUCUCUAUUCUGUAUCAAAAUCGAAAAAAAAAUAUUAUUCAAGAAAAUUUAUUUUUUAACAAAAGAUAUAUUAAAAAAAUUUAUAAGAAAAUCUAUCAAUGUUAGCCAAAUAUAUCGAUGGAGAAAUAAAAAAAAAACUAUUUUACUGUGG